AUGAAAUCUGGACAGCGCAAAUCUGAUCGUCUCCCUAUUCAAGAAUUUUGUCAAAUUUUAGUAACACGUGAUGUGACUUUUUUAAGCCUGAAUUUCGAUGGAAAAAAAAAGUCAGAAGAUUCGUCCCAAGCAUCCUUUACUGCCAAAAGUUCUCAAGAUGCAGCUGUUGGGGUCCUUGUUCACAUGCUAAGAACAGCUCCUCCUCUGAGCUCAAAUUCUAGUUGUUAUAUCGGUCAAUCCUCUAAGCCAGAAGUCGUGAGAGAAAUUGGAGUAGCUUCUGAAUUUUUCAAGCCUCGAAAUACAACUGAUGCACUCGAGGAACUCAAGGCUUACAAAGAAAUGAAAGAUCUUAUUCUUUCCAAUGGCGAAGCUCGGAUUUCUGUCAAAGAAAAAGAUUAG